AUGGAAUGUUGUUUGUGUCUGAAUCUUAUGAGAGUGGGUCAGAGUCUCAUCACAUUGAAGUACAAACAUGGCAACUGUCGCCAUUUUGGUAGAAUUGAAAGAUUUUUCAAGGACAGUUCUGAAUUGUGUGAAGACUCAUGUAGUGUUUCAUGCACAAUGUGUAUGAAAGUGCCACAUCAAGAAAUAUAUUCGCUUGCUCAAAAUGUUUUCCGCCUUGUUAACGUGAAAUCCUUGGCUUCUGCGCGCCGCGGCUUCAAGUGGGGAGAGUGCGGCGAGUGUUUUGGUGCGGAGGCGGCAUUGAGGCGGCAUCUGGCGGGGCACGCCAAGGGCGGGCCGCACUCGUGCGGGCUGUGCGGCAAGGGGUUCACUAGGGCUCCGGAUCUUGUCAGGCACGAGAGGAUCCACACCGGGGAGAAGCCCUACCAGUGUGAAGAGUGCGGAAAGAAGUUUCCCGAUUCAAGUAGUUUUCAAAGACACAACAGGAUUCACACCGGGGAGAAGCCCUACCAGUGUGAAGAGUGCGGAAAGAAGUUUUCUGUUUCAAGUAAUCUUCAAGUUCACAGCAGGACCCACACCGGGGAGAAGCCGUACCAGUGUGAAGGGUGCGGAAAGAAGUUCUCUCAUUCAAGUCUUCUUCAAGUUCACAGAAGGAUCCACACCGGGGAAAAGCCCUACAAGUGUGAAGAGUGCGACAAGAAGUUCUCUAAGUCGAGUCACCUUCAAGUUCACAGACGGAUCCACACCGGGGACAAGCCGUAUCAGUGUGAAGAGUGCGGAAAGACGUUCUCCAGAGCAGAUAAUCUUCAAAGUCACAAGAAACUUCACACGGCGCAGUAGCCCGUCGCGAGGAGUGCGUCAAAAAAAUCGCAUCUGGGUUGCCUCAAGAACGUUUAUUAU